GCGUCGAACGGAACACGAUGUGGUUUACAAGUGACGCUGGAGAUGGUUUCAGCGAGUCCUAUGAUCGAUUUCUUAUGUUUUCCACCAAUCAGUGGACGAUACGUCACCAUUUUGGGAAAUUCUGGCAUGAGUAUCUGUGAAGUUCGUGUUUACGGUGAAAAUAUCAAUGUCCAGCCGGUUUCUCAGCCACUGGAUCCAGUCAGCACCUGGCCGCUAAACAAAUUAUGUGGCAUCAACGACAUCUACUCACUCGACUUAAGUAAAAUCAGCAAUCAGUACAAUUUCGUUACAGACAAGCACAGUCUUGAUGAGGGCGCUCUUAAUGUCAGUAAGAAUGAAGCAUUGACGGCAUCAACAAGGUCGGGAUGGGGAGACGUUGGUGCAAUGACACUGACGGUUUUCAUCCAUCCAUAUACAGGCUCGUCGGGAGGGAUCCUCAUAUGGUUGAGUUCUCAAUACAGCAUAAGACUCAGUGUAUUUUCUAAUAUUCUUCAUGUUUGUGAGGUGGUUGUUAGAUACUACGGUGCUGAAGUCAUGCGAGCGAAUGUCCUGCAAACGGACGCUUGGACAUUCCUCGGUUUAACAUUUGAUGGGAACCUUCAUAAGAUGGAAAUGUGGAGAGAUGGGGAAAUUGUCAAAACGGCUGGAACAAUAUUUGACGUUGUGCAUAUGAGUUUCAGGAGAGUUAAUUUGACAAAAAGUAGCACCGGAGCGCACAUGGGAUUCUCACGUCUACAGCUGUUUGACCGGGUACUCACAGAAGUCGAGAUGAAGGCAUUUAGAGACGAAGAAA